UGAGUGAGAAUAACGUUCUAUCUCAGUCGACCAGGUACCGGAGCUCCAGCGCUGAGUAAUCAAGGGGUAAAGGAGAACGAAGGGGAGGGACCUGACACUUUGGUACUAAGCUGGGAUUUACUUUCUGGCUGAGACAGAACAGGAGUAAGUGGUGAAUGAACUUACGUCUGAAGAUCUUCGGUCAGUACAGUGUCAGAGAGCAUGAAUCCAGGACUCAGGAGUAGGAGACUUAUAUGAUUGUAGAUAAAAUUGCAGUAUAAGCGUCAGAUUCACAGUGAAAUCGUUUAACAAAAGUUGACACGGAUUGAGUCUGGGAAUACACUCAUUUUUCGAAAGAGAUAAUUCCGAUUUGUUUGUUUCAAAUGCAUCGCUUUUGAAGUUUGUGAUAUUGAUCUCUGUGAGAUAGUUUCGACGUUAUCCCAGCGAAGAUAUUAUUGACUAAAAUCGUCGACGUGGAUAUUUAGAGGGAUUUUACUGGGGAUUUUACAAUCUGCUUAUAUCACUGACGGGAUAAAGAUGAAGCUUCACAUUGUCGCGUCGUUGUUGGUUUUGAUUUCGUUCACGAUUUCGAGGACGAAUGCCAUCAAUCUUCGUCAGGGACCUCGAACGGCCCUAGUUCGACCAGGAGCUUCGGUGACACUCGUUUGCGACGUCGACCAGAAGGCCGGGAUCACGGUCUACUGGUAUCGACCCGAGACCAACGAAUACCUGAGCCACGAUCGUACGAUUUACACCCGGGUCCCGGCCGAUCGGCGACGUCGCUACUCCAUCACCGGUGAUCGUGCGCAGGACGUCUUCACGUUGCAGAUAUCCAACGUCGUGCUCGCCGACGACGGGACAUACCAGUGUGGCUAUGCCGACGGCAUCGGCAGGUUCAACGUCCUGGCUUCGGCCAGAGUGACUAUUCUGAUCGCUCCGUCGGAGGACUCGCCGAUAUGUUACAUAACUACCUUGAAUGGCGACCCAAAAGUUAGAAGGGUUGGCGACACGGUUGACAUGGUGUGCACGUCAGAGGGCGGUAAUCCUAUUCCUGACCUGACCUGGUUUCGAGGCGAGGAGGAGCUGGAGGAGAACGAGGGUCUCCGAUACGCAGUCCACCGCCAGAUCCUACGACCACAAGACACCAACAUCCAGUAUACGUGCUUGAUGCGAGGUCCUAUGACCACCACGAGAAAGACCUGUUCCAUUCGACCGAUGGAUGUACCCCCUGAAGUCCAGAUAGAGCCAGCGGUCAACUCUGUCAAGGUCGGAGCAAAGGCCACAUUCACCUGUGCUCUGAUGAGUACGAACAAUAUAGGUGUGAGGGGUUACUCCUGGAACGUGGAACCAUCGGUAACGGACAUGCACCAAAGCUCUCCUGGCAGGAUGCAGCUGAUGCAUAGUGACAGGGUUCUGGAGAUACAGGACAUUCGCGAGGAGGAUGCAAACACCUUGGUGACUUGCCAGGCGCAGACCACCAAUGGAGAGUUGCUGACGGGUACAGCCACAUUGGUCAUUCUGGUUGAGCCGACGGGGAUGACCACCGAUAGUCCAGACAUGACGACGGUUGAGUCUCACGGCGGUGAUGCAAUGGGCACGGAUGAGACCGACUGGCAGAGGGCAAUGAGGCCGACACAAGAAGGCACAGAGUUUCCAAACAUUGAUGGCUACAACGCUAACGACGCUGGCGUCACUGUUGGUAUGAAACCCAAAUUCCCAGCAUUCCUUACCGGAAGGACAUUCAUCAUGACUUCCGCUGCAGCAGGAGCAUUCAUCCUCAUCCUCAUCAUCGUCAUCAUCGUCAUCGUCAAAGUUGUGCGACGACGGAACGGCAAAAGAAUCCCGAUCACGACGCCCAUCACGGUGAUGGAGCAUGGAGGCAGUGAUGCCUAUGCGACCAUCCUUGAGAUGAAACGCAAGACGGGGAGCACCUACAAAGGAUCAUCCACACUGCCAAUCCUCAAGUCCGAACGCAAGAUCGGUCUUCCAGACAUGAUGCGAGGCGGCAGUAGCCUCUCCCUGGCAGCACGCAGCGCAACAGCAAGGGGGCAGACCACCGAACGCUCACCACUCUAUGCCAAACCUGAGAAAAUCCGAAGCAGCAAACAUGGACUCUUUGGGGAUUCGAAGAAAAAUAGUCUGGUAGAAUCGGCGGAGGAACCAGGUGUCACGGAAUCCUUCAAAGAUGGUGAUCAGGAGAAGAAGGCAAAGGAGACUUCGAAUCUUAAUGCUGAGGGCCUAAUCUAUGCCGAUCUUGUUCUAGAGGAUAAAGAGAAAUCAAAAAGAAUUUCGACGAAAAAGGGAACACAGUAUGCCAGCAUUGUACCGUCGGGGAAACCGUGAGAUAGGAGUUACAUCUUUAGAUUUAAUCCCGGAUUAUCGUUUGAUGUACUGGUUGAUUUUAUUUUAAAAGCUUAUGAUGUCAGCUUUGAACUUUAAUUUCGACAUCAUGAGCCUUGUUAUAUUGGUCGGUAAAUUUUAUAAAAGGACUUUCUUUUCAGAUUCCAAUAU